AUGUCGUCGCCCAUCUCUAUCCCUCGCUCUUCAGCCUCUUCAUCCUCUUCAGGAUCCGAGUCGGGGUCUUACACAACAUCCUCACCCGCGUCGUCAUAUAUUUCCUCUUCCCCAUCAAAGGGAUUGUAUGUGCCAGUGCAUAAGCGCUCGCCGUCACCAGGGUCUCCAACUUCCACAUUAGGUUCGUCAAUUCCCCCACUUGCACAGGCGCUCAACGGCUUACAUUAUCUUACCCCUACAGCCCCAUUGCCUGCUACAACCACCCCUCACCCACGCGUCUACUCUCUCCAGUUCCUCCUGUCACUUCGACCAAACGCUGAGGACGGGAUGAAGGAGAAGAUCCGCGCCGGACCCGCCCCCGAGCUCCUCAUGAACAGGCGCAUGAGAAAGAACCUCGAGUUUGCGGAGCACCAGCAUCGCCGUGUAUCACCCACCCGUUCCCCUGCUCCAGCUCCAGCUCCAGCUGCUGCUGCUCCCACACCAACACCCACCCUACCACCCGCGCAGAGGAUGCCCCACUCGCCCCGCCUCGCACCCCGAAGAAACAGGUUCGGCCCUCGGGCAUCUGAGCGCCGCAAGCAGGUCCUCCAGUCAAGUUUGGACAGCUGGAGACACGACACGGCAUUGCACCUCCCCGCGACCCCGCGUCUCGUCCUAUAG